AUGUUAACUAUUGAAAAGAGUGAUGACAAAAAUGAAGAAUCAUCGAAAGAAAUUUCAGAGAAUUCUGAAGAAAAUGAAAAGCUUCUUAUUUCCGAAUACAUAAAUAAUUUAGAAGCUAGAAUAAAAAGUAAACAUGAAAUGCGAAAUCAAAACCUUAAUUGUAUACGGCCACCAGAAAAUCAUUUUUCAAAACUAGAUUCAGGUUUAAAGAAGAAUACCACUUUCGUUAAGAAAUUGAAAUCGUUUAGCGCAACGCAGAUUGAUACUCUUCUUAAAGAUUUUUCUUCUUUGAAUCUAACUAAAUACAUAUCGGAAGUAGCUGCAGCUAUUACAGAAGCUAAGUUAAAAAUGUCUGACAUUCCUUCUGCGAUUAAUUUAUGUUCUGCAUUACACCGUACUUACGCCGAUUUUUCAGCAAACUUUUUUGAGAAUUGGCAGAAAAUUUUGUCCUUCAAAACUACUGAUAAAAUAACAAAUUCAUCUAAACUACGUGUAGAUCUAAGAUUUUAUGCAGAACUAGUUGCAGUUGGAAUCUUUACAAAUAAAACAGGUUUACCACUGCUGGGAAAUGUGUUAACAGUUCUUAUUAAUAUGGAUAAGGAAGAACACAAUAAUAUCUCAAUACUUCUAUCCUUUUGUAAACAUUGUGGUGAAGAUUAUGCCGGUCUCAUACCCAAAAAAAUAAAAGAUAUUGCUGAGAAAUAUGGUAUGACCAUUCCACGGAAUACAUUUCUCCCAGCAGAGAAACAAAGUGCUGUAAGGACCCUUUUAAAAGAUUAUUUUAUGUCUCUUACAAAGCAUCUUCUUGCCGAGAGAGCUCAGUUACAGGCCUUGCAUGCAGCAAACCAAAGAACUUUACAUACUAGAGGUGAAUUAUCACAAGAACGAAAAGAUCAGUUAGAACAACACCAGGCAACAUAUGACAAAUUAUUAGCUGGAGCACAAAAUUUUGCUGAAGUGCUUGGAGAGGAGUUGGGAGAGGCUGGAGAACCACCAACUUUAUCUUUGACUGUGAUUGAGACCCAAGGCACUGUUACUAUAGGAGGUAAUGAAGAAAUUUCAAUGCAAGCUGGCACGGAUCCAUGGCAAGAUGAAGAUACAAGAACAUUUUACACUAGCUUACCAGAUUUAAAAGUUUUUAUGCCCAAUUAUCAGUUAAAAGAGACUGUCAAAAGUAAAGCAGAAACCGUGACAGAAGAGAUGUUGGAUGAAGAUAUAAAAGAGGAUGAAUUAAGUGAUAAUGAGGAGCCACCUACAGUACCAGAUGUCGAGCAGGAAGAAACUCAACCUGCUAAUGUUUCUAACAAAUAUGCUUUAGAUGCUUUUCUAAAUGAACUACCAAAUUGUAUAAAUAGAGAAUUAAUAGAUAAUGCAGCUGUGGAUUUCGUUUUGAAUCUCAAUACAAAGAACAAUCGGAAAAAACUAACAAGAGUUUUAUUUAGUGUUGCUAGAACACGUCUUGAUUUAUUGCCAUUCUACUCUAGAUUUGCAGCAAUAUUAUAUCCAGUCUUACCAGAUGUAUGUGUUGACUUAUGUCAGAUGCUGAAACAAGAUUUUAAAUAUCAUGUUAGGAAAAAAGAUCAAAUUAAUAUUGAAUCAAAGAUAAAAGUGGUCAGAUUUAUUGGAGAAUUGGUGAAAUUUGGUUUAUAUUCAAAAAUGGAGGCAUUAUAUUGUUUAAAAGUACUUUUGCAUGAUUUUAAACAUCAUCAUAUUGAAAUGGCGUGCAAUCUUCUAGAAACUUGUGGCAGAUACCUGUAUUGCAAUCCAGAUACUCAUCAAAGGACUAUGAUAUAUUUACAACAAAUGAUGAGAAAAAAGAUUGUUUCAGCAUUAGAUUCUCGUUAUGUAACACAAAUCGAAAAUGCUUUCUACUAUGUUUGUCCUCCCGAGACUCCAGCACAGCCGAAAGAAGAAGAACCUCCAAUGCAUCAGUUCAUAAGGAAAAUAUUACAUGAAGACUUACAAAAGAGUAACGAGGAAAAAAUCUUAAGAUUAAUGAGAAAACUUAAUUGGGAUGACCCAGAGAUAUCAUUUGUUGCUAUUCAGCAUUUGGCUGGUGGAUGGAGAGUGAGAGCUAGUGCAAGACGAGCCUUAGCUCGAUUGACUGCAGAAUUAGCAACUUGGCAAGAAGCCGUAGCCCCAGCAGUUGUUGACACUAUUCUUGAGGAAAUUCGCCUUACGAUGGAAGAUCCACAUCCCCGAUAUAAUCAAAGACGAAUAGCUACUGUAAGAUAUCUUGGAGAGUUAUAUAACUAUAAAUUACUUGACUCCCGAGAUGUUUUUACCGUUUUAUACUCUUUAAUUACUUUUGGCGUGACUAAUGAUCAUAGUAAUAUUUCCCCAAUUGACCCUCCAGACAACGUCUUUAGGAUACGUCUCGUUUGCGCUUUACUCGAAACAUGUGGCGCGUAUUUUAACAGUGGAUCUAGCAAAAAGAGAUUAGAUUAUUUCUUGGUGUUUUUCCAAAAUUACUAUUGGUUCAAAUAUACUGACCCGUACUGGAGUGAAAGUAAUAAAUUUCCUAUUUAUGUUAAAUACAUAUAUCAAGAAUGUUUGACAAGUUUAAGACCAAAGUUGGAUUUAUUCACGAGUUGGCAACAAUGUAAGGAUGCUAUUGAAGACCUGAGGCAAACCCUGUAUCCAGAAUUGGGUGAAGACGAACAAUUUGAUAAUGAAGAUCAAGGAGAAGACAAUGUGAAUGACGGUUUGGAUACUAUAAUGGAGACUGAUGAUGAAACGGAUAAUCCACAAUUACCGGAUGAGAGUUCAGAUGAAGAUCCAGUAACUGAUAAUGCGACAAAUGAUCUGAAUGAAGUACAAAAUGAUGAAAUGGUUAUAGAGCACAGGCGGCCAGCGGUGAAGCCGGUUGAAGAUACUGAAUUUGAAAGUGCUUUUGAAAAAAUGGUCAUGGAAAACAUUGCUGAAAGACAACGCGAAAAUAGGCCUCAACAAAGAGAUAUUGCAGUACCAAUGACGUGUCGGCAAACUACAAAAAAAACUUACGAACAGCUUUUGCAAGGGAAGGAAGGCGUAGAGUUCGUUUUGAUGGUCAGGAAAGGUACCAAACCGCAAUAUAAGUCAUUUAACGCACCACCGGAACUGGCUAGCAAUUUACAGCAGCAAGCACUUGCUGACAAACAAGAAAUGGAAAGAAUGAAACGUUUGACAUUGAAUAUUUCUGAAAGACAAGAAGAAGAAGAAUAUAGUGCUGAGAGUGGGGGAGGAUCCGGUGGAAUUGGAAAUCCGAACAGAGGGCAGCAUGUUCGACAAAAAUAUCAACAUCCAAAAGGCGCCCCCGAUGCUGAUUUAAUUUUUGGACCAAAAAAAUUUAAAUAA